UCUUUUUCUCCCUCUACUUACUCCCUCUGUGUCGUGCUAUUUGAAAUGGAAAAGAAAAGUCUCCCGCCUCUUUAUCUUUUUCCCAUCUUCCUUCUCCCAUCUCUCUCUGUCAGCUCCCAUCUUUCCUUCUUUCUCAUCUCUCUGUUUGCCGGUGUUCCUCUCUUCUUCUCACCCAUCUCAGCUCUUGUAGAAUCUAAAAGCCAAAUAAAACCCAGUUGUUAAGGUAGCCAACGAAGAGAUGGCUAGGCUACAAUUUCCUAAUUUGAAUGUAGGGAUCACUUUGGUAGGUCAAGCAGUUGGGAUACCAGUAGCUUGGCAUAAACAUCUUAUUAUCAACAAGAGAAACCAAGAAGAUAUUGAGGCAAUGAUACCUUUCACUCAACAUCCACAAACCCCAAAGCUUUCGCGUGUAGAGCCAUUAACACAGGAGGUAGUGUCAAUCUCUCAUAAUGAUUCGACAUCUAUGUCAAGCACUCUGACCUCUUUAUUGAAGUUUGUAUCACCAUGGGAUAAUGACCAUCACAAGAAGAUUAAUAUCCCAUCGUAUGUUUUUGGAUACAACACGAUUGCUAUGCUUUUCAAGGAUGGUGUGACACAAUUUUGCACCAUGGACAAGAUUGGACAAACUCUGAGGAUAUUGUAUUUGAGACGAAGAAAUGGAGUGACCCGGGGUUCCCGAUCUCCGCAUCGCUUUCCAGGGCGGGAAGUCCAGCUCGGGUCCUGUCGUAAAGAGGCCUUGAUAUACGAAGAAAAUGCCUCCUACGGUAGGAACCACAUCCCAUCACCUGCUAAGGGGAAAGGUACGAGCUCAACAACUCCGACCUCCACCAUGACGGAGAAAAGGAUUCCCCCUCCUCCUCCUCCUCGGUUUGCACCUACUCGAGAUCAAGUCAUACAAGUCGAUCCCCCAGCUCCUGCUGCCCCUGCCACCACCGUUCGUAUUCCCGUUGAUCCCCAUGACCUGGAGAAAAUCCCCGACACCUUCAGGGGGACCCUUUAUGAGACUGCGAACAACAUGGUGGAGCAUGUCUACAAAGCUAACCCAAGGGACCUCAGGACGAUAGAGGAGCACAACCCGGAGAAUGUCAUGCAGUCAGCUCUGGGGAUGACCCUCACUGAAAAAUUUAUAUAUCUAUUGGACAACCCUAUCAUUUCUGAUGCCAUGGUUAGGCAAAUACAGAAGCAUUUGUCCGACUGGCGCUAUAACAUGAGGAAAUACUGGAUUGAGGUUGGGGGAUUGGUGGACAAAGAGAAGGCGAAGACACAACCUUUUGGAGAUCGUAUAUCAAGGAGGAAUAAAGAAGCUCGAUCGAAAAUGCCUAUACCGGGAGGACACGACUCUAAAUCCAUUGUCGUUCAUAUUCAUGAUCACGAAGAGAUGACCCAAAGGCGGGCAUCACAGAGUACACCCCUGGCAUCGUCUGCGACUUCUUGUGCGAUUGGAGGAAAGCGUGAAGCAACGUCAUCAUCAUUUUAUAUGUCCACUAAUCAAAAAUAUGUUCCCAUGGAGAAAACUAUGAGAGAAAAUGAGACCAUCCUCAUCGAAAAUAAAAAACUUAAGAAGAAUCAACGCACCCAACAAGACAUGUUGCAGGUUUUAGUGCAACAGAUAAGCACUAUCGUACAAGAAUUUACGAUGGAUGUGCCACUACUUGAGUUCGAUGAUGUUGCCCCAAGCCAAUCACAAGCCAACAAUGAGAACGAUGAGGACGAUGAAGCUUCUCAUGAUGGCGGAUUAAAGUAG